AUGGGCAUGAGUAGCUUGAAAUUGCUGAAGUAUGUCCUGUUUUUCUUCAACUUGCUCUUUUGGUUCUGCGGCUGCUGCAUCUUGGGCUUCGGGAUAUACUUCCUGGUCCACAACAACUUCGGGGCCCUCUUCCACAACAUGCCCUCCCUCACGCUGGGCAACGUGCUCAUCAUCGUGGGCUCCAUCAUCAUGGUGGUCGCUUUCCUGGGCUGCAUGGGCUCCAUCAAGGAGAACAAGUGCCUGCUGAUGUCGUUCUUUAUCCUGCUGUUGAUCAUCCUCCUCGCUGAGGUGACCCUGGCCAUCCUGCUCUUCGUGUAUGAGCAGAAGUUGGGCGAUUCGGUGCGGGAGGGCCUGACUGACAGCAUCCAGCGCUAUCACUCGGACAACAGCACCAGGGCGGCGUGGGACUCCAUCCAGAAGUUUCUGCACUGUUGUGGUGUCAAUGGCACAAGUGAUUGGACCAGCAGCCCACCAGCUACUUGCCCUAAAGAUCCACAAGUUAAGGGUUGCUACAUAAAAGCAAAAUCGUGGUUUCAGUCCAACUUCCUGUAUAUCGGCAUUAUCACUAUCUGUGUAUGUGUAAUCCAGGUGUUGGGGAUGUCCUUUGCGCUGACUCUGAACUGCCAGAUUGAUAAAACCAGCCAGGCCCUAGGGCUGUGA